CUUCUGUAGAAGGCGAUUCGCUUGCUUGCAGAGACAAAGCGCUGCAGCUUAACCUUCUUAUUUCGGUUACGUUGUUAUGUUGGCCAACAAGCAUUAGCCUACCAGGGCUUUUUUAAUUACACCUCCAAAGACUCCGACAAAUAUCUCUGCGAGUAGAUAGGCCAUACCGCUCCUGGCUGAUACGUGUGCCUUGGUCGUCCGGCGUUUCACCAACUUCCAGCAGACCUCAGAAGACAGCGUAGGGGCACUGCUUUACCUUAAUACCGGCACUGGGCAUCCUCAUGAACAGCUGUUCAGUGUCAGGGCAAUAGGAGCAAAAGCCCUUGCAGAGCAUUAGGCGCGUCGGAGCUUGUCCGUCCAGGAAAGAAAUGGACUCCUUUCACACCUCACGAUCCAUGGACGAGCUCAAUCUCAACGUCCUGGACAACCUCCUCGACAACCUGCUGGAUCCCAACAGCCUCCACCCACCCACCAACGACCACCAACGCAUGCACCAAAUGCGCCCCCAGGACCCCGCCAACCUCCUCAUGCCCUCCGCACGCAUGCAACCACCCUCUGGCAUGCACGGCCUGGUAGGCGGCGGCGUCAUGUCAGCCGGCGGCGUCGCCGCCACCCCCAUGGGCCCGAACGCCGGCAUGGGCGGCGUCCCGGGGGGCAUGGGCCAUUCAGCACCAGGCAUGGGCGUUGCCGGCGGCAUGCCCGGCAUGAGUGUGGGCGGCAUGGGGCCGGGAGGCAUGGGCGCCCCUGCCGGCAUGUCGGUUGGGGGCAUGGGGCCAGGCGGAAUGACGGCGGCUGCGGUUAUGGGCGCGGGGGGGCUGACGGGCAGCAUGGGUUUGGUUCCGGGGCCCGGCGGCGCAGGCACCGCCGGUCUCAUGCAGUCCGGGGUAUCCGGCAUGCAGCCGGGGGUUAUGGAUCUGGCAGCCAUGCAACAGCCCGGCGGAGGUGGCAUGCUGAACGCCGCGUCGUACGGCAACCUGGGCGGCCUCGGGGCGCUUGGCGGGCUGGGCGGCUUGGGCGCGUUGACCGGUGCGACAGGCAUGGGCGGCGCGCUUAGUCAGCUUGAUACCUUCCUCGGCAUUAACACCAAUGCGGCACUCGCGACUGGCGGCGCUGCGGGGGCCGGCGGCAGCAUGUCCCGCGGGUCGCUCGGCACCGCCGCCGGGCUGGGUCUCGGCGGCGGCCCCGGAACGGCUGCUGCAUUGCACGGAUACGCGACGGGCGCCGCCGCAAUGGGCGGCGCGGGGUUGUUAGGCGGUUUGGGCCUCCAUGGCGGCGGCGGCGGCGUUUCGACUUCCGGAAUAGCAGCGGCGGCGACCGCCACCAUUGGCGGCGGUGGCGGCGGCGGCGGCAAGGGCGCCAGCACUCGGCGCGGUCGCGCCGCGCCUCGCACUUCCCGCCCUCGCAGCGAGCCGGAUCCGAUCAGUUCCGACGGCGAAUUGGAUUCCAACAGCGACAGCGCCAGCAGUGAUGGUGACAUGCCGCACCACAAGCAGAGCAAGAAGAAGCGCGAGACGGGCGGCGGGCCGGAGGACGAUGCGGAGCGGCGGCACGCGGCGCUACAGGAGAAGAACCGAAAGGCGCAGCGGAGGUUCAGGGAGCGUCAAAAGACCAAGCUGAUGGAGCUUCACAAGCAGAUCGAGGAUCUGGCGUCCAAGGUGUCCAACCUGCAGACGGAGAACGCGGCACUGCACAGCAGGACGUCCAUCCUGGAGAAGGUCUUGGACAUGCGCAACGAGCAGAUCCAGGUGAUGCAGGAGAACAAGGAGGUGGCGGAGGCGGAGCUCGCCUCCUCGCUGGCGGGCCCGCAGGCGCUGGUGCCGCUCACCCCCGAGGCCAUCAAGGAGCUCAGCAGCGAGGACAUCUACCGCAUCUACCAGACCUACGUGAAGGAGCUGAGCAUGCGGUUGGUGGAUGUGACGGGGAGCAGCGGGGGAGCUGGUGGGGGUGCGG